AAGACAAAAACCCUAAAGAGUUUUGAUGUCAGGGAAACGUUUCAAUCCGUUGGAAGACCCGCCGAGUGCAUCAUCUAGCGACGAAGAUGACCAAGUAAAGACGACUUCACUCGCACGAAACUCUUCUUCGGAAGAAGAAACUGAUGAUGAGUCAUCCUUGAAGUCUGCUCCGGAGAAGCAUCAAGCUUCCGAUUCCGAAUCUGGGUCUGAUGAGAAGAAUCCAGGAACGAAGGAUUCAGCUGUGGUGAAGAAGAAUCAUGAUUCCAAAAAGGUGAAACCUUUAACAAAGAAGCGUUCUUUGAGUGAGAGAGAUGGAGCAGCCUCGAAGGAGGCCAAGAAGACCUAUUUCCAGCGAGUUUGGAGUGAGGAAGAUGAGAUUGCUGUUUUACAAGGUCUUAUUGAUUACAGAAACCAUACCGGGGCCAGUCCUUAUGAUGACACAAACGCGUUUUAUCUGUCUGUGAAGAAAUCUAUUAGCUUUGAUGUUAGUAAAAUCCAAGUCAUAAAGAAGAUUUGGGGUUUGAAGACUAAGUAUGAGAACAAUCUUGGCAAAGGGGAGCUGACAUUUUCUAAACCUCAUGAUCUCAAGGCCUUUGAUUUGUCCAAGUUUGUUUGGGGAGCUGAUGGGGCGGCUUUGGAUUCAGCUGUCAAGUCCAAUGGGAAGUCCAAGAAGAGCAGUAAGUCUAAAGUCGAGCCCGAGAAGGUGGCUUUGGAUUCAGCUAAUGGGAAGUCGAAGAAGAGCAGUAAGUCGUCGUCGAAGAAGGUUGAGCCUGAGAAGCAAGAGCUAGCUUCUUCUUCUUCGCCCAAUGGUAAAAGCUGUGAAGAAGAGGCGAUGACUAAUAAAGGAGAAGCAUCGAGUGUUGUGGAAGUGGAUGCGUUUGAUAAGUCUGUUCUUGUUAAGGCACUAGCGCGUUUUGGUGUGGAUGAUCUUUCUGCUCAGCGAGGUUGGAGUAGGCUUGCCUUAGAGGAUAAGAAGAGAUUCGAGGAGGAGUGGAAAGUGUUGCAGCUUAGGGAGCUUGAGUUUUAUUCCAAGAAGAGUGGUUUCAUUCAUGAGGUGAUUACAAAGAUGGCUGAAUCAUUUCCACCAAACCCUUAAAGACAUAUAUGUUUUUGGUUCUGUCUCUUUUGCAUUGAACUCUGGCCUUUUUGUGUUUUUGUUCUUUCUAUUGAUUCUUUAAGAGUUCAUUUUGGAAUAUUUGCGGAUUUAUUAAUAUCAAUGAUUCAAGUUCUUAACUAAAAGUGAAGCUAUUUAAAUGUUA